GUGAAAACAACCAAUAUUAUGCUUAUUUGUGAAACAGACAGCAUCUUUUUCAGAUGGAUCAUUUGUUUAUAUUCGAAGGAAGGCUCUGCCAGUGUUUGAUCGAAAGAUCUUCAUCUAACCGCAGAGCUCUAAAAGUGUCUGUGUAUGAAUUUUGUCAACAUCGUAGGAUUUUCAAGAAAUUGCAAUUUUGUUCAAUUGAUGUAAGUCAUGAAAUCAAAGAAAUUAUAGGGAUACACGUAAAGCUCAACGUUUUUACUGGAUUUUAUACAGUGAUUUUACACGCUUCAACACAGAAUGCUUGUAGACUUGUGUUGGUGCUGGACAGACAUUUUAGCUCUUAUCGAGUCAUCACACAGCUAAAUUCUCCUUCCUCCUCUACACAGGAUGCUUAUUUUAUUGAUGGACCAGGUGUAAUUCAAAGUAAUACCAGUAAAAAUUUGAUUUUCCACAGACUAGCGGAGAAACAAAAGGAGUUGGUCCUAAAGGAAAGUGUUUCUGUGAAAUCCAUGUUGUGGUCUGGGUAUUGCAAAGAAAUAGGGAGUGUAGCAGUGUUUUUAUCCAUAAUUAGAAAUGACCAGACAGAACACUUCACUUUCUUCUUUCAUUCACAUUCAGAGGAUUGCGAGACGGUAGAUUCUAUUGUAUUUUUCCCAAAAGAGUUACAGAACUUGGUGGCCGCUAAUGUUAUCCAGAUAUCCAAAGGAGGGAGUGAAGCAUCUGCUUAUUAUUCAGAAGUCAUAACACUAACCAGCGAAGGCUUUCUUAUUUAUCUACAAGAGGGAAGAAUUAUGUGGGCUUUGCCUACAACAAUCUCUAAUCUAAGGAGACCUGCUUUGUUUUCAUGGAGUGCAUUUUCUUUGAAUACGCAGUUUUCAGCAAUAUACAAUAAUGACAUCAUAACAUUUAUCAACUUAAAGGAAAGGAAGAUUUUAGAUCAAGUGACAGAUGUCACUGCCGUGUACCAGGAUGAUUUCGUUGGAUGUGGACGAACUCAGAUCCUGUGUCUUCUCCCAAGGUUUUCUUUGGAGUCCAGCUCUGAUUGGCUACUCACAGACAAAGGGGUGUGGCUGUUUGAUCAAAAGAGUACAACUGAAGAAUGCCACACGGAGCAUCAGCCUGCUGUGUUUGCUUUACAGAAAAGACUUCAGAGUGAGUUAGUAUCAUUUCACAGAAAAUCUUACUUUGUUGAGAGAGAGAGGUCAGACUUCAUCAGGAAUACUUGGAAAUCUCUGCUGCACCAGCCAUUGCUCUCACAUGCCAACAGAGCAAUAGAGGAGCAAAAACCACUACAGAUCUCAAAGACCUCCCUGAUUUCUGUAGAAAAGAUUUGGCAAGUGGUGCUUGAUGAUAAUUGGUUUGUAGGAGUGAGGAUUGUGAACACCUGUGAAAGUCCACUUCACAACCUCUCGCUUUCUCUCUCCUCUGUCGACCAAGAUGGCAAACAGCCACAAAAUGUCCUCUACAGUCAGAGCCAAUGGCUGAUUGCAGAAAACCCAGAAUGCAGGAGUUCAAAGGUCAUAAAACGAAGCCCUAGUAAGGUCCUCCGAUCCAAAGCCCCUCCCUCAGAGCUUCAGCCAGGCGAGAAGGGGGUAGUGGUUUGUAGAACCGACAUCCCUUGUUUAGUCUCCCACCCUGAUUUUAGAUGUGAAGUUGUUCUGACUUAUAUCAUUUGCUGUUAUUCUGACAAAGAUGGAAGUGAAUUGGAACAGCGUCAGUACCAAGUGCAGCAGUGCUGUGGGACUGUUGUUUUAGAAACAUCCAGUUUGAUAGAGGGAAAAUACAAUUUGGAGGAGCCAUCAGGGAAGACAACUCUAGACCAUUGGUGCAAGGAAGCAGUAUCGCUGCUCACACAAGUCACAUGUCAUCUUGAAAUGAAGACCACGUGGUCCAACGUUUCACGGUUGAGUGACUGGUUGGUGAAGCUGUGCGAUUUCCACUACAAUGCAGAUCAGAAUGUCUACCAGUCCACGGCAACGGCGUUCUCUAGAAUGAAACUAGUGAUUAAUUCACAUCCGAGUCACAGCAAGGCCCAGUUUACAGUCCACGCAAACUCGGAGAAACAAAUAAUGCUGCUGAUCCAUCAUCUAUACGCUCGGUUAGCAGACGACAUUGUCAUUAUGUCGCUUCUUAAAGGAGAAGAAGAGCACGAAGGGCUUCAGAUAGCGAUCGAAGCAAUUAGGAGAGAAAUCGAGAUAACGAAACCUAAGCAACGCGAAAACGCAACCGGAAGCUGCCAUUUGGGGGAUCCGGAACUUCCUGAAAGUGACGUUAGUGGUGCCCUUCUUGUAAACAACAUCAGGGAGAACUUCCGCAAACGAAAAGAAUCGACAUUUAGAUCUAAAGUAGAUUCUGAGCAGAGCAACGAUAAAAUGAAUGAACACAGGUUUUAUGAAAUACAACGAAACACAGACGAGGCCAUAGCUAAAUUAAAAUUGUGAUAAAGGAUUAUUGAUUUAGUCUUUAGUUAAUAAUUGAAUUGUUGUCGUAAUAUAUUCAUAAUAAAAGACGAAAAAAUCUA